AAGAUACUGUCAAAUAGAACUGUAUAUAGAUACAAGACAGUAGGAAGUAGAGAAGCAGAUAGACGAGCAAGAACACGGACCAGCAACGGAGGAUAAAGGCGAAACAAACUCGUUGGAAAUGUAUUCAUAUCAAGAUCAGUUCACUUAUCAUUUUGUGCAAUCCAGCUUUCGUGGCAGAUUUUCAAGAGGCGUCUAUUGUCGCGGUCACCGCCAACAAGCCGAAUCGCAUUUAGUGCUGCAGCGCGCCAGCAGCAAUGUUUCAGAAGUGUAAAAAUAAAACCAUGCGCUUUGAGGAUGCCCUGGCACUAGUUAGAAAGAACUUUUUGUGCGGAACGCCUAUUAAUCAAAUAGAUUGGCACGGCCUUUUGGACGAUAUCUGCUGGGAAGAACAGGAAGUAUUAUUGAAUGAAACAGUGAAUAAUUCUCUAGUAGUUCAAUAUCCUUUAAGAACAGGAUAUCAGGUAGCAUUUCUGAAGCACAUCAUACACCAUCUGAAUAAGAUGAACGUAGAACAGCACGAUCAGCUUUACGAAAGAUACUGUGGUUUAUUAAGUCAAUCAGGGAUGGAGGACCAAGCUGGAUUCAGUUACAAACAUUACGAGUUACCUGGGAACGGAGUGAUUACCUUGAAGGAAUCAUCCGCACUUAUAUCGGAGGGAACAACGGGAUUGUGUAGUUGGCAAGCUUCAAAAGCAUUGUGUGAGUUUAUUACAAAUAAUCUAGAAGACUUCCACGGCAAAAAUAUACUGGAACUCGGCUCAGGUGUAGGAUUAUCCGGAAUAUUUAUGGCAAAAUACUGUGAACCCUCGAUGAUAGUUUUAUCCGAUUGUCAUAGCUCAGUAGUAAGUACGUUGAAGCAAAACGUUGAACUGAACUUUCCCAAGGGCACAAAGGUCGAAACUGAUAACCCACUUAUUAAUUGUUUGGUCGAUAAUGGAGAUUCGAUAGUCGCUGUGAUGGACCUUGACUGGAGUUAUAUUAACGCAUCCAACAUAAAUCAAUUGAUCGAACCAGAUGUCCUCGUCGGAGCGGAUAUCGUAUAUGACCAAGCGCUAUUUCAACCUCUACUCACCGCUAUUAACUACGUAUUUGCACUCACAAACAAUAAGUGCAAAUUCGUUCUGUCCUGUACAGAACGCAACCAAGACACGCUGAACGACUUUCUGGAAAUGCUAGUAACUGCCAAGUUUCGAAUAAAUGAGGAGGCGGUGUGCUCUCCGAAGCAUUUUCAAUGGGAUGGUACCGCUUCCAAGAUCAGAAUAUUCUCCAUCACUAGAGAUUGGAGCUUUCAGUAACACAACCCACUAAGGAAAAGUGUACAACUUUAACCAAUGUUCAGCUUUCCUAAAAUCGUCCUACUAUAUAUAAAAUUUUGAUCAGGUUCCUUCCAAACAAUGUCCAUGCAUGUUUACUAUUGAAGUUUUUAACUUUUACAGCUUUGGGCCUUAGGCUACCUAGCGACGUUCUCCUCCCUUACAAUAUUAGAAAUAGUUUACACUUUCCACGCUGUGUUUAGAUGAACGGUACAAAUUAUUUCAUACGCAAGAUGCAAAUAAAAGACAAAUAAAAUCAACAAAAAUAAAAUAAGUAUUUAAAUUUGAA